GCGUGGAGAAGGGAGACGGCUGCUUCCCCGAAGCCGCUGAGCCGAGCGCUCCCGUCGUGCGCUCAUUAGGAGCGAGGCGCGCGGAGGCGAACGUCCCACGGGCCAAUCGGAGAGUUUCCCCACUCACUGGAUCCCGUCCGCUCUGCGCGCGUGAGGCCAACGGAGGACUCUCGGCAGUUACUUAGAGACAAUCAGUUCGCCCUCGACAAACAAGGAGAGAAGCGUCAAGAGACGCGGCGAUGACAGGCGACGUCGCUUCGCCCCGGAGUUAGUGAGACGCGCAUCCUCCCGUGUCGCAUCCGACGCCGAUCCGCUCCAGGAUGAACUCCGCGUUCGUUGCAGUGCUGCUCGGAGUGAUCGGGGCUCUGGCCGAUAAGGAGAAAUGUCCGUCGGGCCAGUUCACGGCCAGCGGGGAGUGCUGCAGGCAGUGUCCACCCGGCGAGGGCGUCGUCAGACCCUGUGGAGCCUCGCAGACGGCCUGCUCCCCCUGUCUGGACAGUGAAACCUUCUCCGAGAACUUCAGCCACACGGAGCGGUGUCAGCCGUGCACCGCGUGCACGGGCCUGCACCGCAUGGAGACGCCCUGCACCGACUCCAACGACGCCGUCUGCGUCUGCAACUACGGCUACUACUUCGAGGACCGCUCCCAGGAGUGCCAGCCGUGCACCAAGUGCCCCGAGGGCUUCGGCAUGCUGCUCAGCUGCGAACGGGACCACGACACCACGUGCGAGGAGUGCGUCUCCGACACCUACUCGGACCAGGAGAGCUCCAGGGAGCCGUGCAUCCCCUGCACCACCUGCGACGAGGAGCAGGUGCAGCAGGCCUGCACCUCCACCAGUGACACCGUCUGUCAAGUCCUGUACCCUUCAGGGUCCUCCACACCCUUCCCCAGUUCCUUCACGCCCACCGACGACGUCCCGCCGGACGACUUCCCGCCGGACGACCCGACCGACGACGACGGCGACAGCGGCGGCGGCUCCACCUCCACCGCCACGGCCAAAACCGACGCCGAUUCCCACGAGCCGCUCUACAAGGGGCUGAACGAUAAGCUGAUCCCCAUCUACUGCUCCAUCCUGGCCGCCGUGGUGGUCGGCGUCGUGGCUUUUAUCAUCUUCAAGAGGUGGAACAGCUGUAAGCAGAACAAGCAGGGCGCCAACAACUGCACACCCAACCAGAACCAGAACCAGAACCAGACACCGUCUCCCGAGGGCGAGAAGCUGCACAGCGACAGCGGCAUAUCCGUGGACAGCCAGAGUCUGCAGGAGCAGCAGGGCCAGACUCAGACGCACACAGUCGUCGCCAUGGACGAGGAGCCCUGUCUGCUGCUCCCUCUCCACGCCCGGGAGAAGGUGGAGCAGCUGCUGUUCAGCGGCGGCGAGGGCGGCGAGCGCGGCCGCGCCGACGACGGCGACUGGUGCAGCCUGGCGGGCCUCCUGGGCUACGAGGAGGAGCGCAUCGCCACCUUCCGGCAGGAGGAGCACCCGGUGCGCGCGCUCCUCUCCGACUGGGCCGGCAGGGACUGCGCCAGCGUGGACGCGCUGCGCACGGCGCUGCGCAAGAUCGACCGCGACGACGUGGCCCAGAGCCUGGCGCCGGGCGCCGGCGCCGCCAAGCCCACGGCCACGUCCGUGGUGUGACGCGCCCGAAGCUCCGAGCAGAACCUGAACUUUGACCCUAGUAUUAUUUCAAGGCGUCCCCCGUCCCAGAUAAUUCCACCGCUUUCAGAAGCCAGCAGUCACAGUGAAGGUACAGAUAGAUAGAUGCCAGACUGAAUGAAUAAUAACCUAUUAAGUCAAAUCCAUUAUAUUAUCAUUUAAUAAUCACAAUAUCAUUUAAUCAGCCAUUUAAAAUCCCAACUAACGACCCAAGAACAGCAUGGAAGCUAAACAGCCAUUGUACGUCUGACUAUAAUAACCGCGUAGCAGCAGCUGAUCCUUCACGUCCUUAUGUUUAAUAGUCAAACAUGUUUAUGUUGCCUUCACGCGCCAGCGCUGUACGUUUAGAUCUAAGCUACCAAAGAGGAGCGGACCUCAACAGACUCUACCUGAAAGGCAGCAUUGCUCACAUGUCUGUUACUGCCGUCGUCCUGGAGGGCGUCGGGCUCCGAGCGCCUCAAAAGAACCUGUUCUCACAAUCGGCAUCCAGCUAUUCGCUGGCUAUUGAGGCCAAGUGCCGCACACGUGGGCUCAAUCUCCGUCAUGGCGUCGCCUCGCGUGAUCUGCGUAAAUGCUUCCUCUUCUGGAAAGUGCUACAUGAUGCGUUGGCUAGACGUUGCCAGCUAGAGAGCCUGUGGGACAGGCCAUUAACCGAGGCAACGUGAGACUCCGAUACAUGUGCUCAGGACUGUGGGCAUUACUCAGGGGCGCUCAUGCAAACUCUUCCACACGGACCCAGACAAGUGAAGGACGUGGAAAUCAAAGCACCAGUAACCAACGCCAGUCACUGGGUCUAAACGGGCAGAGGAGACCACAACCGAGACACGUAGACCUGCAGUAUGUAGCCAUGCAUGUCCUAUACACAACCAUAGAGGUUAGACAACACACAGCAACACAUCCUGCCAUAUACCACACCAGAGGACCAUAUACUGCCUAAUCCCAUGCGUUAGUAGCCAACGUAAGGUUCUGUGUUUUAAAUUAGUAUCAUUUGCUACAGAUGGUGAAAUGCAUUAUUGACAGUAGGUGAGCGAACUCCAAGACAAAGCAAAUGUCGUGCAACAUUUGUGCAAAAUGAGAAAAAAUGCAAAGCCAAAAUCCAGGGUUUUCUAUCUCCUUUCAUUUCUCAGGGUAUGUUGAAUAGUAGCGAUAUCCCGUCUACAUUAAACUCACCGUGUCGCCCUUUAUAAUCGACAAUCGUUCUGUUCCUGAGGACGCGCAGCGUUUACCAAAAGCGUCGAUCCCUGCGACUGACAAUCUUUCAAACCGAUGGAUGAGGGAGGGGAGCGGGUGUCUGAUUCCCUCAUUGUGUUGAACAAUGACCUCUCGAUAAAAGAGAAGCCUACAGAGACACAAGUCCAAAGGAUGUGGGAUCAGUUCAGACCACGGGGGAGACAGGAGAGCUUUGAAUUACUCGAAUGCAAAGGUGAAACUGAGGAAUAUGCUUUAAUUAUUGCCUUUCUGCUUCUUUGCAUCGUGCGUUUCAACAACUCAAUGUGAAUUAGUGGAAGUGCUUCAACUUUGAGUCUUAAUGCUGCCAACGAGGACCACAGUGACUCUUUAGGUUUGGAGAAACAUUUGAAGGAGCAGUUUACCGUAUCACCGUUCAUCUUCCUCCCGGGGACAGACGUUACUAACCACUAGCGCACUGAGCUCAACGCUGCAGUGUUAUUUUAAAUGAAGGUUUUGAUUCCUAAAUAACAUGUAAAGUGUUUUAUAUUUCUGUUGUCCUAGAUUCUAGCACUUACUGUAAGUCUGUCCGUUGUACAUCACAAAAGCCUAGAAUUCUUUCAGGCACUUGUGAUGUAGUUGUUUUGCUUUUGUAAGUAUUUCUUAUUUACCUCUUAAUUUUGUACUUGUAAAUAAUUUCCCUUUUCUAUUUUUUUAGUUGAAGCAUGGAAGGUGCCACUGUAUGAUAUGUGAAUGAGACUUCGGUACCACAUGACCUAAUUUAAAGGAUGAGAAGGGCAAAGGGAACGAGAGGUGCCUUUGUGCAAUUAACAGUGAAUCGUUUAUGUGACAGGGACAACAAAUGUGAGUUGAAGAUAGACAGAUAAACACAUGUAGCAUUGAUGUAACAUAACAUACAACCCACUUCCCGAUUAGGAUAAAAUUAAUUACAUAGUUUUAUUCGAUCCAAUUUUUAAUAAACCACCAGCAAGAUCUUAAGUUGGGGCUGACCAGCUGUUGGGACCAAAACACGUUACUAAAAACAUUCACGUUGCACCCUUUGGGCUUCGUCUCCACUUUGGUUUCCUGACACUGACAGAAAUGAUUCCUGCCUAAUGUUUGCAUGUUAUCUGUCAUCACACAACAAACCUCCCGUAGACCCUCCCUCCUUCAUUUCACUAACCAAUUCAUCAAAUUGCGUCUUCUUGGUUUGUCCUUGUGUCAGGAACUGUCACCUUUUUCCUGGACGGUGUUUGUUUUUUCUCAUUCGAGAGGUUUAAUUGCGUAGCUGUGACUAGAAAAGCCAGCUGAAGGUCAACAGUUCAUCAUAUUGCACUUGAGAGAAGCAAUGAAAUCAUGCAAAUCAGGACGUGUGGGAGACUAAUGUGAUCUUUUUUUAAAAAAAAGACCCGGUGAUCUGGCUCAAAGUGAGAAAACUGACCGUGCACCAGGACUGAACUGUACACGUGUGAGAAAUAUUGAAUGUUCCUUGUAUACAGAUACAUAGGCUAUAAUGUACUAUACUUAAUGUGAAUUAGCAAACCUUGAGCAGAAAAGCAGUAAAAUCAAUAAUAAAGCUCUUAAAUCCA